CGAUUUUAUGUUGUGGCAGCUUAAAAGUGGAGUGAAUUGGUUGAAUUAGUUUUAAAUAAUUUGUUAAAGAUUUUUUUUGUUUCACGGAUUUGUUUUAUGAUGUCUCAAGUGCAAGUUUAUGAUUUUGCCGGACAAAAUGCGGGCUUCGUUGAGCCAAUGCAGAUUGACAUUGUGGGUGAAGAACCUCAACAGGCCAGUGACCAGAACAGGAGAAUCAUUGAAACCUCAAACUUGGAUCUUGAACAAGUGGCUUCAAGCUACAAAGGUCUGGCCAAGAUUUACAGACUACUCCACAUUGCAGAAUACUGCACAUCCCUAAAAAUUGAGGCACUUCGUCUGGCACUGACUCAUGUCCUAACCACGUGUAACACGCAAAUGUACCAAACCAUCCAUCGAAUGUUGCAAGAAGCUGUUGGCAGUCAAUCUCGACCAGCAGACCCAGCAAAUGUUGGAUCGGCUCCCGUUCAACAGCUGGUGCCCCCGUUUGAUGCUGUUUGGCUGGAGUCAACCAACAAGAAGGCAGCCAUGAAGUUGGAGAAGCUGGACAUUGACCUGAAGAACUACAAGAGCAAUUCCAUCAAAGAGAGUAUAAGGCGGGGGCACGAUGACUUGGGCGAUCAUUACCUGGAGUGUGGGGACCUAUGCAAUGCUCUCAAAUGUUAUUCCAGGGCUCGAGACUACUGCACCAGUUCAAAGAAUAUUGUUUACAUGUGCUUCAAUGUGAUAAAGGUGAGCAUAUACCUGCAGAACUGGUCACACGUUACGUCCUACGUCAAUAAAGCAGAGUCCACGCCGUACUUCUGUGAGAUAAGCAAGGAGAGCAACCAGCAGGUAGUCACAAAGUUGAAAGUAUCAGCUGGCCUGGCUGACCUCGUCCUUGGCAGGUAUAAGAAUGCCGCUAAAAAUUUUCUACAAGCAAACUUUGACCAGGUCGACUUUCCAGAAUUGUUAUCCAGCAACAACAUCGCCACCUACGGAGCCCUUUGUGCUCUGGCCACAUUUGACAGGCAGGAACUUCAAAAGCUGGUCAUAUCAAGCAGUACGUUCAAGCUGUUUCUUGAGCUGGAGCUUCAGUUACGAGACAUCAUCUACCAGUUUUAUGACUCAAAAUAUGCUUUGUGUUUGAAGCUUCUAGACAAUAUUAAGGACAACUUGUUGUUGGACAUGUACCUCGCCAAACAUGUUGACAAUUUGUAUGCUCAGAUCAGAAACAGAGCUCUCUGUCAGUAUUUCAGUCCAUACAAGUCAGCGGAUAUGAGAAAGAUGGCAGAGGCAUUCAAUACGACGGUUUCGGGACUGGAGGAUGAGCUGACGAAGUUGAUCCUGGACGGCAAAAUCAAUGCAAGGAUCGACUCGCAUAAUAAGGUGCUCUAUGCAAAGGACAUAGAUCAGCGUAGUCUCACAUUCGACAAGUGCUUUGCUCUGGAAGAAGAAUUUCAAAGGAAAACAAAGGCUCUAAUUUUACGGGCGGCUGUUGUCAAAAGUCAAAUCCAAGUCAAGAGCCCUCCACGCGAAACAAACCAGGCGUCGGAGAUAUCAAUCAUGCCUGGCAAUGCAACCACCGCCAUAAUUAGGAACUAAUUUAAAUUAUGAAUUAUAAAUUUCUCUUUUCAUUCAUUAUAAUUAUUAAAGAACUCUGUGUGUGUUUCUUAUCCGUUCUUUGUAUAUUGUACUUUCGACAUGAUGUUAUUUCAAGCAGAAUUUAUAUUCAUCCAUAGCUGUCAAUUGUUCAAAUCGAAUUUUUUGCGACGCUUUUAUUAUCUGAUGUGAUGUGUAUUCAUUCAUUCAUUCAUUCAUUUAUUCAUUCAUUCAUUGUAUCGCAUAGCAAUGCUAGUACGACAUUAAAUUACUCUCAACCUUAGUAAAUAUUAAAUUUAAGUGAUGUGUCAUGAAAAUAAAAUUACGCACAGCUAAUGUAA